AUGGCGCUAUGAGGGACAUCCCACUGGUCCAACACGGAAAAACUCCCCGACAGAAACACAGAUUGCGCUUCGCUAGUUCCGCGAAAGGCAAAAACAGCCGAUGCAGUCCUCCUUUACAGCCAAUAUCGAUCUAUGAUCAAUCGUGCGGCUGGAAUAUCGCGUGUAACUCGGCCGCCUGCAUCGGCGCCGACCAGCCUGUGCGCGUCUGAACGGAAGACAUGAGCGGGGUGUGGGUGUGCUGAUAGCCUGGUAGCAAGCUCACCUGUUUGUGUCGGUGAUGGAGAACAUCGAGGAGCCUUCGCCCCUCCGGAUCACCCCGACCGUCCGGGCGCUGAGCUCCGCACUGCGGGGGAAGCGUGAAAAUGUCCCCGAUCCCAGCCGCGGAAUCGGCGACAGGAUCUUCCCCGAGCCGGAGAAGCUGUGGUUCAAGGAGAGCAGCGCAAAAAACCUGCGGAACAGGGACUUUUUGUCGCCGACCACGAUGCUUAACACGCUGUAUGCGGACGGACAGGUCCCUCCAGCGGUGAUGUCCAGGGUCCUGUCCCUUCGUGGCAGUGGGGUCCUCCCUGUGGCCGGUGGGGAGGUGAUGGGUGAAGGGCUGAGGGUGAGGGUGGACCGGGCUGCAGCCUUCAGGGCCGUUCUGGCAGGUGGAGUCACUGAGUACCUGAAGCCCUCAAGUCAGAGGCAGGGCUGUGUGGUGCUUAACUGCCCCGCGCUGCACCCGAAACCCAACACACCCACUCCUGAUACACUGACUCUGGGCCAGCUGAGGACUGUUCUGUUGGCUGACCACAUGGGGGCACUGCUAAGAGGACAGGGAUUUGCAGUGUCCUAUUGCCCCACGCUUCCCGAAGACAGCGACAUCAUCGCCUUUCUCCAAGCUCUAGGAAUCGACUGGCCGACAGUCCCAGCCAACUGGACCAACGAGGAGCGGGAGGAGAAGAUCCAGGAGGCGCUGGAGAACUGCCCAUACAGGGAGAGGGAGACAGAGCGAGGCAGGAAGACCAGCGGAGGCGGAGGAAGGAAGGCGGAGGAGGGGGAGAACGAGGCAGCGCUCAGAGUCAACCUGACACGAGUGUUCCAGGAGGAGGGGCUGCUGGGAUACGACCCUAGCCUUGGUACCUGCACAGUACAGAGAGACAGUGUUUCCCACGUGGCGCAACUGGAUCUAUCCACAGCCGACUGCACAGUAGCCAUGGCAACGGCAUUACAUGUGACUUCCUGUCAGGAUGAAUUCCGCCAGCAGCAAAUAGCAAUGCUGUGGAGAGCCAGUGGGGCGACACACACACAGAGACAUCUGGUGUGUGGGCCUGUGAAGACUCCUGGUUCUCACCUCACUGCUGCACAGUACCUGCAGCUCAGAAGAGGACAGAUGAAGGAGGCCUCGGAGAUGAAAUAUGGAGAACAAGUAGAAGGUCAGACGUGGGAUGACAUCAUCCGGGUCAUGACCUCUGCCACUGUCAGAUUUGAGCUGCUGUCAACCGUCCACACUAGUCCUGUGACACUGGACGUCCAGAGGGAAGGGAGUGUGUCCACCAAAGGGCCAAGAGGAGGAGUGUUUGUGAUGUACAACUGUGCCAGACUUCACACUCUGUUCGACAGCUACGAGAGAGGAGUAGAGAAGGGUCUGUACCCAGAAAUCCCUGAGGGCUCCCAGCUAGACUUCUCUGCUCUGAAAGAGGAGGGUGAGUGGCUUCUCCUUUUCAAUUUCCUCAUUCCGUUCUCCGAGCUGAUGGACCAAUCGGGACAAGCGUUAGACGGAGAAGGAGGAGGAGCCAGAGUCAAUAUUAAGACAGAACAGAUCUGUAAAUUUCUGGUAUCUCUCAGUAAAGACUUCAGCUCGUACUACAACAGAGUCCACGUGCUGGGGGAGCCACUGCCUCAUCUCUUUAACCAGAUGUUUUGUCGUCUGUAUCUGUUGAGAGCCCUGAGAGAGCUCUAUCACAGCGCUCUGGACACCCUUAACCUUCCCCCCAUCAGGCAACUAUAGCCUCGACUUUCUCUCUAAACCCCCAGCUGUCUCCUGAUUUCCCAGUAAUCUUCCCUUGCCUUACUGUUCUCUCUUUACAUUCAGUCAGUAAGAGAGAAACAAAGAGAAAAGGGGGAAACGAGCUAAGAAGAUGGAAGGAAGAGAACUGACUAACUGAUUAUGAGCCAGAUGGCAACUGUGGAAAUAUGCCAGGUCCUAGAUUUCCCGUCUCUCACUGUUCUUUGCCAUUAUAUGUGGGACAAAUCACAAGGGUGGGACCAGUAAACUUCAGUGCUGAUAUUCAGUAUAUAUAAAUUUAUCAUUACUUGUAUUCUAAAUGAAUAUGUGUCCUUUCCUCCAGAAUUGAAUUCUUGUCUGAGUUGAAAAGCUGAAAAGAUUAUUUAUUCCAUCCUACGACUCUAAAACACAGAGAAUUAAAAUUAUCCAUUGUAUCUGUACCUGUACACGUGUGGGAUCAAUAAAUUAUUUCUAACUCCA